CUGCCUGCUUUCCUCUUUUUAUUUUUUCGUUUUCUGCAAAUAAUCGAGUAUGUUAUUGUUAAGCAAUUAAGAACAUAUUCCUUCUCACUUAACAAAACUCCUUGAAGCUUGUGAUUCGCAAGAUUAUACUCUGUUACUGCAUUGAAAUUCAAGAUGUCAUCACCUCAUCAUACAUUGCCCGAAAAUUCUAAAGGACACCAAACCAAAUCUGUUUCUUCUAGCAAGGGAAGAAAAUUUAUGAAUGUUACAGUAUACUUUUUAGAUGAUUCCAAUCAUGUAUUUCAACUGCAGGCUAAAAAUAGUGGACAAGCGUUGUUUGACAAAGUGUGUAAAUUCUUGAAUUUGAUUGAAGUUGAUUAUUUUGGGCUAGAAUUUGAAGACGAGAAAGGAAGCAAGUGCUGGUUGGAUCUUUUAAAACCUUUGUGUUCUCAACUUUCAACAUCAUUUCCAUCCAUGUAUUUUUGUGUAAAGUUCUACACUCCAGAUCCUGUUCAAUUAGAAGAUGAAUUCACCAAGUACUUAUUUACUCUUCAGUUGAAAAAAGACCUUGGAAAUGGCCUUUUACAAUGCAAUGACAAUACUACAGCUGUUAUUGUUUCUUAUUUAGUACAAGCUGAUUUUGGUGACUUUAAUCCAGAAAAGUGUGUGGACACUUCAUAUUUGUCAAGUUUCAAAUUUGUUCCUUAUCAAGAUUUUGAACUUGAAAGAAAAAUAAUGGAAAACCAUAAAAAACUUAUUGGUCAAUCACCAGCAGAGGCUGAUAUUAAUUUGUUGGAAACUGCAAGACGUUGUGAGUUGUAUGGCAUCAGAAUGACCCCAGCUAAGGAUCAUGAGGGAGUGCCUCUAAAUUUAGCUGUUGCACACCUAGGAGUUUUGGUGUUUCAAAAUUUUACAAAAAUAAAUACUUUCUCUUGGGUUAAAAUACGGAAACUUAGUUUCAAAAGAAAAAAGUUUUUAAUAAAGCUUCAUCCUGAAGGAUAUGGAUACUACAAAGAUACUGUGGAGUAUUUUUUCGAUGGACGAAAUGAAUGCAAAAAUUUCUGGAAAAAAUGCAUUGAAAAUCACACAUUUUUUCGUUGCACAGAUGCCAAGCAAGGCAUGCGACAAAAGCCAAAAAUAUUUAGCAGAGGAUCUUCAUUCAGGUAUAGUGGCAGAACUCAAAAACAAGUAUCCGAGUUUGUGAGAGAAAAUUAUUUCAAGAGACCUCCUUUUCAAAGGUCUACCAGCCUGAGAACUCCAUCCUCUCCAUCAAGAAGUAUUGGCAGUGCUUCUAUAUCACCUCAGCCUUUAUUGCCAAUCACAAGUCUUUCAUGCGGCUCCAUAUCAGAUGUUUCUCGUGAACCCGCUCCACCGCAGAAAACAUUUUCUACCUCCGAGCCAACAACACCUCACGUGGCCCAAGACAUUACUCGUUCAUUAAACGGUGACUAUUCUAAGAAUUUUGAUUCUUCAGGUCAUGGUGUAGUAUCGCCUGAUAUUGAAUGUGAACAGGAGGGCUUUCAAAGUUCUGACUUUCUUGCUCAAGAUACUGAUGACAAUAUUUCGCAUGAUUCAUACCAUGUCUUAGAGAAAGAAAUGCAGAAAACUAACAAUGAAUGCAUGCUUACUAACUCUGACAGCGUUGCUAACAAUAAAACCUUGGGCCUUGAUGUGACUACUGCUUUGCUAACAAAUGGGACCAAUGAAUGUGAGGAAAGCUCUCAGGAAACAUCUGGUUUGUACAGUUCAGAAGGAAUUUAUGCAAAUGUGAAGCUAGAAGACAAUAAUAACAUUCUAGAUAAUAAGCCUAAUUCAUAUAUAGCAUCUGAUGUUGAAUCCCAAAAAAUAUCUGAUUUAUAUUCAAAGCCAAUGAAGAGAAAAGGUGACAUUAUAGUUAGUGCUGAUGUAAUGAAUGGUACUUCCUCAAACUCACCAAUUAAAAUGGAAGAUAGUAUUGAUUACAUUCCUAAUGGAAAAGAUGAUGUUCGGAAUAUAGAUGCUCUUAAAAGAUUGUCUGGUGAUUCUAAGUACCUUGAUGUUCAUAAAAGCUCUGAACAAAAUUUAGUGUCAGGUGACAACUUUGAUCAGCAUUCCUUGGCUGAAAGUUUAGUUAGUGAAUCACAGCAAAGCUUUGGAAGUUCUACAUUUUAUGUCAGUAGUCCUACUUUUUCUGUUCGACUUUCUCAUAAAAAAACACCAACUGACAGAGCUUACUGUUUAGCAAAGGAACUAUUAAUGACUGAAAGAACGUAUCGUAAAGAUUUACAAAUUGUCAAUGUUACGUUUCGAGAUGAGUUUUAUGAUCAAAAAUCUGUAUAUUCUGAAGCGAUGGAUAAAGUUCUUGGAGUCAUUGACCCUUUAUUUGAAAUUCAUUGUUCACUGCUGAGAGAUUUAGAGCAAAGGCUAGCAUUUUGGGAAGGUAGACCUGUGAACAGGGCGCAGAGCUGUGUUAAAGGAGUCGGUGAUAUUCUUUUGUUACAUAAAGGAAUGAUUCCUUUGCAUUGUGCAUAUUUAGAGAAACUGCCACAUAUCUUGGAACUUUUGCAUGAAGAAUUAACUAGCAGUCAUUCCUUUUCCCAUUUUUACCAUCAAUUUGAAUCCCGUAAAAUAUGCUAUUUACCGUUAACUUCUUUUUUGCUCCGUCCUGCAUUUCGUUUAUUGUAUUACUCAUCUAUUUUGGAAAAUGUUUUGACGUGCUAUGAAAAUGAUCAUGAAGAGUAUAACUAUUGUAAAGACUUAAUUGAGAUUUUGAAAAGUCCAUCUGAAACAAUUGCAAAACAAAUCAUACCAGUUGUGAACUAUGUGAAACUUAUGGAAUUGCAGCGAAGUUUAGUUGGCUUUUCAAGUUUAUUGAAGAAAAAUCGGUUCUUUGUUCGUGAAGGAUGUCUGUUGAAAUUUUCUAAAACUGGCAGCCACCAGCAUAUGUUUUUUCUGUUUUCUGAUCUUCUGUUAUAUACUGCUCGUGUUCACAGUAGUCAGCUUCGAUUCAAAGUUCAAGGUCAGCUACAAACAUUUGGACUAAAAAUGGAGGAUAGUGAAUCAAAACAAGGUGUCAGCAAUUGUUUUUCUCUGUGCAGUGGUGAAAAACAUAUAGUUAUAGCAGCUCCUAGUGCAAGAGAAUGCUCAAAAUGGAAGAAGGAUAUUGAAAAAGUAAUUCUCAAUGCAAAGAGUCUGCAAGCAAAUAAUGAUGCAUCUAGUCAAAGUCUGAAGAUUUUUUCAGAUGAAAGAUAUGAAUCUGGAGAUGAUAGUGAAGAUUUUAGUGUGUCAAAUGAAGAAAAAUCUAUAUCCCACCAUUUAAAUACAUCCAUUCAUAUUUGCUGGCACCGUAAUAUUAGCAUAAGUUACAGUGACCUUUUGAUAUCCAUGAAACACAGCCUUAGUGGUUAUUUGUUGCGGAAAUUCAAGAACAACAUGGGCUGGCAAAAACUAUGGGUUGUUUUGGCUAAUUUAUGCCUUUUCUUUUACAAAACAUAUUUAGAUGAAAGUCCCUUAGCUAGUCUACCUCUAGCAGGAUAUAAGGUUAUGAGUACUUUUGAAAAUGAUGUAAUAUCUGGAGAUUGUAUUUUCAAAUUGCAGUUUAAAAAUCAUGAAUAUUUCUUCAUGGUGGAAAACAAAAAUACAUAUGAAAGGUGGAUGGAAGCUAUUCACUUAUGCACUUUGAUGGACGAAGAAAAUACACAUCUAUGAUGAAGUAGAUGUGAGGAUAUCCAAUAUUUGCAGGCCUUUUUUUAUUUACAUAAAUAUAUAUAGAGACAUAAAUACAUUUUUAUAAACUUGCUUUGCCCUCAUGAUGUCAAUUGGCAAUGACGUUCACAAAAAAAGUGUGUUUAUGUUAGGUCGAGCGAGAAUUCCAUUGUUCAAGUAUUUUAUAUCAUUUUUUAAAAAUUAUAUUUUAAAAUAUCAUUGAUGUUUAUAACUUGUUAAAAAUAUCUUUUAAACUUAAAACAACUCAAAACUGAAGCAGCUUAAUAUAAAUCUUGCUUGCAAUUUUUAAUUGGAUAAGGAAUAAAUGAAAUCUUUGAUUUUUAGCUGCUGUUUUUCUUUUGAAAGCAUUGCUGCAGAAAUUUAAAAAGCUGCACAUUCAAAUUUUAUUUUACCUUUAAAACAUUUCCCAAUAAUCAAUCAUUGGAAUUUGUUUUAAUAUUAUAUUUGUAAAAAAAGAAAUAAAAAAACAUCAUUAAAAACAUAAUUUCCUUCUUGGCUUUCUAUAAAAGAAUAUAUAUUGGUGCAUUGCUUGUAAUGCAAAAUGAAUGAGAUAAUUUUUAGCAAUGUCAUAAUGUUAAUUUUGAUGUGUUAUACUAACUUUACAAAGAGGAACCUAAUGUAACAAAUAACUUAUACAGGCAUAUAAAAUAUUUGGUAGAAAAUGUUAAAUUCCCAAUUUUUUUUAACUUGUUAGCAUUUUAGUAACAACCAUUACACGGUAUACAAGAAAUGUAAACUAAAUUGCCUCAUUAUUGCAGGUAAAUAUUAAUAAAAUUGGAGAAAUUGCCUUUUAUUAAUAAACUGAAAUUACUGCGUCAAAAGACUUUAAAAAAAAAAAAAAACUUGAUGAGUGAUUUUCGUCUGUUGUCAAAAGGAUGAAAUUAUCUUUGCUUGCAUAGUGAAUUUCAAAAUUUAAAAUGGCUGUUUAUUUUAUAACAAUAAUUUUUUAGUUACAAAAUUGAUUCAUUAGCUGCAGUUGUUAAAUUUUUAUCUGGCUUCAACUAUUCUUUAAUACUAAGUACCACUUACUGAAUUGCAAGAAACCGAAUGUUUUUAUCUUGAACAUGGUUUUUCAACUUGUUCUCAUUACUUUUUUAUUGCUAUGUUCAGUAAUUCUUUAGUGAUUAAGCUUCGCAAAAUUACAUUACAGAUGCAUUUCAUUGCAUUUAGCAUUUUAAAAGUGUUCUUUGUCCUUCAAUUUUAUUUUUCAACCUCGCAGUCAUGUAUAUUUUAUAUAGAAAUGUAUACUUUUAUAUUGUAGAUAAUCACAUUUUGAAUAAAAGUUAUAUUUUUAGCAUUUUAGAUGUCCAAAUGCGUCAUUCCAGUGUGGAAGUUUUUUUAUAAAAUGUUGUAAUUUGUUCUUAAAUUACUGUUUUUAAGCAGUUUUUAUAUGUGAAGAGAUGUUGUAUUAUAUGUCCUGUUGAAUUAAACAAGUUGUUGCUUUUUAUCAAGUGAAAGAUGUUACACAAUAUUUU